UGGCACCUAGCAGGGUAAUUAUUUGAGGGAGCGGGGUCAGGCUUAAUUCUCCGGGUCUUUAACUUUAAUAACUUUUGUUGGAGAAGAAUUAAGACAUCUAAAUGGCUUCAAAUUCCGAUAAGGAUUCCCCAACACCACCUUCACCUGAUUCAUCUUCAUCCCAAUCCCCGCCAUCAUCUCCUCCACCAUCCCAAGAUAGUUCAUCGCCCCCACCAUCGUCCCCCCCGCCAUCAUCCCCACCACCAUCAUCUUCGCCUCCUCCGUCCCCGCCACCGCCGUCAUCAAAUGAUCAGAAAUCCCCGCCUCCGCCAUCUGACUCAUCCUCCUCCCCCCCAUCUCCACCACCGCCGCCACCUCCUGAUAAGGAUUCAGGCAGCCACCGGUCGCCACCGCCUCCGCCACAUUCAAGACAUGAGUUUUCUCCUCCUCCGCCUCCGAACCACCGGUUGUCUCCACCCAAGUCGUCAUCAUCAGGUUCCUCGGAUGGAUUGAAAGACAGUGAAAGCCAUUCAUUGAGCAUGCCAGUUAUAAUAGGAAUUGCAGCUGGAGCUGGCAUUUUGCUCCUUCUCCUUCUCGUAGUCGUUUGUGCGUGUUCAAGAAGGAAGAAGAGAUCUCAGCCUUCCGUUAGUUACUACGCUAAUCAACCUUCAGAUGAUGGCUAUUAUAAAAGACCAAGGGGAGGUCAAAAUCAGUAUGGGUACAAUAACAACGGCGAGCACGUUCUGAAUAUUCCUCCACCUCCAGGAGCAGGUUGGGGAGCAGCACCCCAACCUCCCCAGAUGAUUAGUAGUGACAUGAGCAACUCCAGUUUCUCGGGUUCCCACGGUCCCGUUUUGCCACCUCCACACCCUACAGUGGCCCUUGGAUUCAACCAAAGCUCCUUCACUUAUGACGAGCUCUCAGCUGCCACCGGAGGGUUUAGCCAACGCAACUUGCUCGGUCAAGGUGGGUUCGGAUAUGUGCACAAAGGUGUUCUACCCAAUGGUAAGGAAAUUGCAGUGAAGAGCCUCAAGUCCACCGGGGGACAAGGUGACAGAGAAUUCCAAGCUGAGGUUGAUAUUAUUAGCCGUGUCCAUCAUCGCCAUCUUGUGUCACUUGUUGGCUAUUGCAUGUCAGAAAGCAAAAAACUUCUGGUUUAUGAGUUUGUGCCUAAAGGGACCCUUGAAUUCCAUCUUCAUGGAAAGGGCCGACCUGUCAUGGAUUGGAAUACCAGGCUCAAAAUUGCGAUUGGAUCGGCCAAAGGACUUGCUUAUUUACAUGAGGAUUGUCACCCUCGUAUCAUUCACCGAGACAUAAAGGGUGCGAACAUUCUACUUGAGAACAACUUCGAAGCCAAAGUGGCAGAUUUUGGGUUGGCAAAGAUUAGUCAAGACACUAACACUCAUGUUUCUACUCGUGUAAUGGGAACAUUCGGUUAUAUGGCUCCAGAGUAUGCAUCAAGUGGUAAGCUAACUGACAAAUCUGAUGUGUUCUCGUUCGGUAUUAUGCUUUUGGAGCUCAUAACUGGUAGGCGCCCUGUGAACAACACUGGGGAAUAUGAAGAUACUUUGGUCGACUGGGCAAGACCACUUUGUACAAAGGCAAUGGAAAAUGGAACUUUUGAAGGACUAGUGGAUCCACGUUUAGAGGAUAAUUACGACAAGCAGCAAAUGGCUUCUAUGGUGGCUUGUGCUGCUUUUAGCGUUAGGCACUCAGCAAAGAGGCGCCCAAGAAUGAGUCAGAUUGUACGAGUACUGGAGGGUGAUGUGUCACUAGAUGCCCUUAAUCAUGAGGGAGUGAAACCUGGACAAAGUUCAAUGUUCAGCAGCGCGAGCAGGGAGUAUGGUGCGGAGGCAUACGGUGCUGACAUGAUGAGAUUCAGGAAACUAGCAUUAGAUAGUGGCGUGGGAAGCAGUGAGUAUGGUGGAACCAGUGAGUAUGGCCUUAACCCUUCCAUCUCAAGCAGUGAACAAUCAUCUGCUGAAUAUGCCAGGAGGACCACAGGAGGAGGCCGGAUGCACACUCCUUGAGAAAAUUGAAAUUGCAUGCAUGCAUGUGUAUGUGUGAAGAAGAAGAAAUUACUACUAGUAACAGCUGAUCUAGCCACAUGUUUUUAAUCAAGGCCAUGCAUGGUUGUUGCUGCAGAGAAAGAAAUUACCAUUCUUUUAUGACUUUUUGUGAUUAAUUGAUUGUGUAGGUUGUCAACAUUGCACAGUGGAAGGGAUAUCUGUUGUAACUAAAAAUUCCAAUUAGAGGAAGCUCCUGUGUAAGUCUUUCGGGGAUUUCGACUUGCAUUUUGUGUAUAAUAAAAGAUGAAGAAGUUGGAGGUGCAUA